GUCGACGAUUGCAUUGGCCCUCGUCGUCUGUUGCUGCUGCGAUUGAACAGAAUCAGCACUCAUAAAGUAUAGAACAUGGCGGACUCGACCGCCCCAGCCCCCCCGACCGACGAGGUCGCCAACCUCCACCUCGACGAAGUGACGGGCGAGCGCGUGUCCAAGACGGAGCUGAAGAAGCGCCAGAAGCAGCGCCAGAAGGAGGCUGAGAAGGCGGCCAAGGCUGCUGCCGCGCCGCCCAAGGCCGCGGGCAGCAAACCCAAGAAUGCCGCUGGUGAGGAGGAGAAGGACCUCAACCCGAACCAGUACUACGAGAUUCGGACGCGGCACAUCAACGAGCUGCUCAAAAACCCCGAGACCAACCCGUACCCGCACAAGUUCCAGGUGACGUACGACGACUCCAAGUUCUUUGAGGAGUACGGCCAUCUCAAAUCGGGCGAGACGGCGGAGGACAAGGAGAUCCGUAUCGCCGGCCGUAUCUACAACAAGCGUGCGAGCGGCUCCAAACUGAUCUUUUACGACAUCCGCACGUCGGCCGACACAGUCAGCAUCGGCACGCAGCUGCAGGUGGUCUGCCAGGCGCAGCUGGUUAAGGAGGGCGCGCCGGCCUUUGAGAAGCAGCACGAGAACAUCCGCCGUGGCGAUGUCAUUGGCAUUGUCGGCUAUGCGGGGCGCACCAACCCCAAGAACCGGCUCGCCGAGGGCAAGGAGGGCGAGCUGUCUAUCUUCGCGACCGAGAUCGUUCUGUUGAGCCCGUGCUUGCAUAUGCUGCCAAGUGUGAGGUUUCCCUUCUCGGAUUCGGAGCAGCGGGCGCGCAUGCGGUACCUGGAUAUGCUCUGGAACGAUAGGAGUCGCCAGGUGCUGUGGCAGCGCAGCCGGAUGGUGCGGUACAUCCGCGACUUCUUCCAUGAGCGGCGCUUCAUCGAGGUGGAGACGCCCAUGAUGCACGCCAUUGCUGGCGGUGCCACGGCUCUUCCGUUCAUCACUCACCACAAUGACCUCGACAUCGACAUGUACAUGAGAGUCGCCCCCGAGUUGUUCCUCAAGAAAAUGAUUGUCGGCCAAUUUGGCAAAGUUUUUGAGCUCGGCAAGAACUUCCGGAACGAGGGCAUCGACCUCACGCACAACCCCGAAUUCACGUCCUGCGAGUUUUACUGGGCGUAUGCCGAUGUGUAUGACCUUAUGUCUAUAACCGAGGAACUGGUUUCGUCGCUGGUCAAGGAGCUCACAGGCUCGUACAAGACGACCUUCACAACCCAGCACGGCGAAACGUACGAGGUCAACUGGGAGGCACCGUGGAGGCGGGUCGAGAUGAUCCCCGAGCUCGAGAAGGCCACGGGUGAGAAGUUCCCUCCGUACGAGGAGCUCCACACCGAGGAGACGAACCAGUUCUUGCAGAGGGUCUGCAAGAAGGUCGGCGUUGAGUGCCCGCCGCCGCUCACCAACGCCCGCAUGAUCGACAAGCUCACGGGCGAGUUUAUCGAGGAGACCUGUGUCAACCCAACCUUCAUUCUUGAGCACCCGCAAAUGAUGAGUCCGUUGGCCAAGUAUCACCGGUCCAAGAAGGGUCUCUGUGAGAGAUUUGAGGCCUUCGUCUGCAAGAAGGAGAUUGCCAAUGCGUACACCGAGUUGAACAACCCGUUCGACCAGCGGCUGCGGUUUGAAGAACAGGCCCGCCAGAAGGCCCAGGGUGAUGACGAGGCUCAACUCGUUGACGAGAGCUUCCUGAACGCCCUCGAGUAUGGCUUACCGCCCACUGGUGGUUGGGGUCUCGGUAUCGACCGCCUUGCUAUGUUUAUUACGAACAACUACUCGAUCCGGGAGGUUCUGGCCUUCCCAUUUCUUCGCGAGGAGAAGCAGGCGCCCAAGGAGAAAUUUGCAGCUGAGCUUGUCGAUGUCCAGCCCCUUCCCGAGGAGGGCAUUCUACACAGGAAGCUGUGGGUGCUGAUAUGGGCUCGGCGGGGAAAGACGAUGCAGCUGCUGAGGGCGAAGAUCCUCUCAAAAAUACCGACGCAACUCGAUCGUCGACCAAAUCGGGCAACCUGGCUUGGUAUAAGUCCCUUGGAGAGCGCAUUGGAGGGUCUUGGCACCUGUGACAUCGUGGAGCACGUUCUGCUGAGCGGCCCGCAUAAGCGAAAUGUGGGGGCACAGCUCCGUCGGAAAUCACAGAUUGUCCGAUGGCCCGCUGCGACCAUUUUGAAGGUUGGGCAUUUCGGAAAGAGGACUGUUACAGCCGUUCUGCGGCGGAGCAAUUCCGACGAUACCAAACGUCGCUUUCACUCGUGGGUGCUUAACGAUGAAGGGUGCCGCUUCCAGCAGAGGCUCAUUUCGUGUUUCGCUUGGGACCAAUCGAGUGCUGAGACCAACACGGCACAAUCCGGCGCCAUUUCUGGACCCAAGACAGUGGGAAGCGCCCACCCGACGCUGAUCGCACACCGAGAAGGGUCAAGGGCGAACCGGACUGUCAUGGCGCUUCUCGGCCAGACAUGGACCCUGACGCGCAAGAACUGGCUCAUCGUCCUCGGCCGCCACAGUCUCGCUACCGUUCUCCGCGCGCUCGUCCUCCCCAUCAUCCUGGCCGCCUUUCUCAGCUAUGCGCGCAACCUCUUUUCGCCGUCAGCCCGGUACGGCAUCAGCGCCGUGCGUCCGGUGCGCUCGUUGGCGGAUGGCUUAAAUCGGGCCGCGCGCAGUGGGAGGGAGGUGGUCGUGUUUGUGAAUAGUGGGUUUACGGGGGGGCAGAUCGAGGGCGUGAUUGACGAGUUGGCGGCUGAGGUACGGCAUGCGGGCAAGAACGCGACGGUUCUCGAGACGGAGGACGACGUGCCGUACAUAUGCAAGGCGUCUCUCCGCGGUGUCACGCCAUGCUACGGCGCCGUGGUGUUUCGAGGCUCGCCUACCGAGGGCGGCGGCGGCUUGUGGAACUACACGCUCCGCGCAGAUGCUUCGCUGGGCCUCGGCCGCAUCAACGUUGACGUGGAUACCAAUGACGCCCAGGUCUAUCUGCUGCCCAUGCAGCAUGCCGUCGACCGGGCCAUCUCGCGCCAGAACAGUGGCUCCAACGGCGAUGGCGCCGUGCCGCUCCCAGAGGCCAUGGACCAGUAUCCCUUUACGUCGCUCACCACCGAGGAGUUCGCGGACCGCGUCCGUCAGACCUACCAGGACAUGAUCAUGAAUUUCCUGGGCGUCGCCUUCAUCGUGUCGAUCAUAGGCGUGGUUUAUCACCUGUCCGGUUUCAUGGCUACCGAGCGCGAGUCGGGCAUGUCAACCCUCAUCGAGGCCAUGAUGGCCACCAAGAGCCGCUGGCAGCCCCAGGCCGCCCGCCUCCUCUCGUAUCACCUGUCCUUCUCGGUGCUGUACCUUCCCGGCUGGGUUAUCUCGGCCUUCAUCUUGUGGGCUGGCGUCUUCCGUCAAACAAGCCCGGCCGUGAUCCUGCUGUACUUCAUCCUCUCCGGUCUGGCGCUGAGCUCCAUGUCCAUUCUCGGCGCAGCCUUCUUCAAGAAAUCGCAGCUGAGCGGCGUUUCCAUCACCAUCGUGUACAUUCUCCUGGCCAUCAUCGCUCAGUCGGUGAGUUGGCCCAGGACGCCGACCGUCGUCGCACUGAGUCUGUUGUUCACGCCAUGCAAUUUCACCUUCUUCAUCUCGCUGCUCGCCCGGUGGCAGAAGCAGCUAUGGCCGACCGACCUCACCCAGUCGCCUCCGGACAGCCCAUGGGAGCUGUCCGGCAUUGUCUUCUUUGUCUUCCUCGCCGUCCAAAUCAUUGUCUAUCCCAUCCUCGGUGCCCUGAUCGAGAGGUGGCUGCACGGCACCACGUCCAGCGGGCGCAACAUCGUUGUGGGUGACGAUCGUGGCGAUCUCGGCCCAGACUGCACUGUGCAGCUUGACGAGUUUACCAAAGUGUACAGCCCUGGCAUCCUCCGCCGCAUGUUCUCCUUCGUUUCGAAGCCCAAGGAGCCCGUGGUGGCUGUCAACAAACUCACGCUGAGCGCGAGCCGCGGUCAGAUCCUCGCCUUGCUGGGCGCUAACGGCAGCGGCAAGAGCACCACCCUCGACACCAUUGCCGGCAUCAACAAGGCCACCAGCGGGAAGAUCACUAUCGACGGCACCGGCGGCCUCGGCAUUGCCCCGCAGAAAAACGUGCUUUGGGACGAGCUGACGGUCUACGAGCACAUCCGCAUCUUCAACAAGCUCAAGUCGCCCGGCCACUAUGCCACCAAAGAGGAGAUUCGCCAGUUGGUUGUGUCGAUCGACCUCGAGCAAAAAAUCAAGGCCCAGUCACGGACGCUGUCGGGCGGCCAGAAGCGGAAGCUCCAGCUCGGCAUGAUGCUCACGGGCGGCAGCGCCGUGUGCUGCGUGGACGAGGUCUCGAGCGGCCUGGACCCGCUGAGCCGGAGAAAGAUCUGGGACAUCCUGCUCGCCGAGCGCGGGCGGCGCACCAUGAUCCUGACGACGCACUUCCUCGACGAGGCGGACCUGCUGGCCGAUUACAUCGCCGUCAUGUCCAAGGGCAACCUCCGCGCCCAGGGCACGUCGGUCGAGCUCAAGGACCGCCUCGGCGGCGGGUACAGGAUCCAUGUCCAUGGCGUCAAGCGGAUCCCAUACCUCCCGGAUAUUGUGGGCGUCAGGAAGAAGGCGACCCGUGAGGAGGCCGCGUACGUCGCGUCGACGUCGGCCAUGGCGGCUACCGUGAUUAGGGAGCUGGAGGCCGCGGACAUCACCGACUACCGGUUUUCUGGGCCGACGAUUGAGGAUGUCUUCUUGCAGCUUGCUGAGGAGGUCAAAGCCGAAGGCGGUUUCCCCGACUCGCGAGGUGUUCUCAGCUCGGCGGAUGAGAAAUCCGAGAAGACUGCUGAGGCCGCUGAACCCGAGAAGGGCCUCGAGCUCAUGUCUGGACAGCCCGUCAGUUUCCUGCGGCAGAUUUGGGUGCUUUUCAUCAAGCGCUGCGUCAUCUUCAAAGGAAAUUCGUUCCCGUCCGUGGCUGCGUUUGCCAUUCCCAUUGUCGCAUCUGGUCUAGUGAUGCUGUUCGUUAGGGGCCAGCAUGGGCUUGGCUGUUCGCCGGCCGAGCAAUCGUCGAGGGCGACGGCAAUCAAUGUCUUUGACAGCGGGUUCAAGCUCUUCCUAGCUGGCGGUCCGGCCGACAAGUUCACGCAGUCGAACCUUCUGCGUCUGUUCGCGCCCAUUUACCUCAACACGGGGGGCGAGCUCGGCGACGGUAAUGCCACUCAGGGGGACGGUCUCUCUGCCAGAGCUCUUACCAACCCAGCCGACUUCCUAAAGAACAUCACCCUCGUCAACUCGUUCGAUGAGUUUAACAGUGCUGUUGUCCAGUACCGUAAGAACAUCACACCAGCUGCCAUCUGGCUCGGCGAUGACAAUUCCCGCCCGACGCUCGCCUUCAGGGGCAACGGUGCGGAGGCCAUCAACGCUUGGUUUGGCAAGCGGGCCAUGGACAUGCUUCUCACCAACAGCACCAUCGCGUCGACCUACGUCCCCUUCGACAGGCCGUACGCCCCUGACAUGGGCAACUCGCUGCAGCUGCUCGUCUAUGUCAGUCUCGCCCUCUGUGCCUACCCCGCUUUCUUCUCGCUGUAUCCGAAUCUGGAACGCCGCCGUCAAGUCCGCGGCUUGCAGUACUCCAACGGUGUCAAGCCGUUGCCACUGUGGCUCGCCUACACAGGUUUUGACUUUGCCAUUGUCGUGAUCGGCGCUGUGAUCAGCAUUGCGCUGUUUGUUGGUCUGGCGCCGGACUUGUGGUACCACGUAGGCUACGUCUUUUUGGUCUUCAUCCUGCACGGCCUGGCCUCAAUCCUUCUGGCGUACAACGUGUCGCUGUUCAGCGCAAACCAGCUCUCGGCCUAUGCCAUCACCGCCGCCUACCAAGUCGUUCUGCUCCUCCUCUACCUGAUCGGCUACAUGUCUGUCGUCACGUACGCGCCCGUUCCCCAGAUCGACCGCUUGUUGCUGGUCGUGCACUUUGCCGUCUCGGUGCUGGCGCCCAUCACAUCCGUUGUCCGCACCCUCUUCGUGGCGCUGAACCUCUUCUCCACCGCUUGCGACGGCAACCAGCUCUCGCCCAACCCGGCCAGCAUGGUCCAGUACGGCGGUCCCAUUGUCUACCUCAUCGUCCAAACCGUCCUCCUCUUCCUCGUCCUCGUCUGGGCCGACGGCGGCAACGCAGGCUUCAGCCUCUGGCGCAUGCUCAAGCGCUCCUCCCCUCCCUCGCCCACCACCACCGCCGAGGAACGAGCGGCCAUCUCGGACGAGGAAGUCGCCAACGAGCUCGUCCGCGUCAAGUCCUCGGCCACCAACCCGGGCACCAGCGCCACCGACGGCCUGCGCGUCAUUAACCUGACCAAAUCCUUCGGCUCCAACACGGCCGUCGACAACGUCACCUUUGGCGUGCCCCACGGCGAGGUAUUCGCCCUGCUCGGCCCCAACGGCGCAGGCAAAUCUACCACCAUCUCGGUCAUCCGCGGCGACCUGAAGCCAUCCGGCCCCGGAGGCAGAGGCGGCGACGUGUUUGUCGAGGAAGCGAGCGUCACGCGCCACCUCACCGCCGCCCGCGCCCAUCUGGGCGUCUGCCCCCAAUUCGAUGCUGUCGACCAGAUGACGGUCGAGGAACAUUUGCGGUUUUACGCCCGCGUGCGCGGGAUUCCGGAUGUCGAGCACAACGUGUCGGCCGUGAUCCGCGCCGUGGGACUGCAGGCGUUUCGCGAUCGCCAGGCGCACGCCCUGUCGGGCGGGAACAAGAGGAAGCUGUCGCUGGGGAUCGCCCUCAUGGGGAACCCGACCGUCGUGCUGCUGGACGAGCCCAGUUCGGGGUUGGAUGCGGCGGCUAAGCGUGUCAUGUGGCGCACGCUGGCGGCUACUGUUCCCGGAAGGAGUAUCUUGUUGACCACGCACAGCAUGGAAGAGGCCGAUGCGCUGGCGGGACGGGUCGGGAUUCUGGCCAAGAGGAUGCUGGCGAUGGGGAGCAUUGACGCGCUCAGGCGCAGGUGGGGGGAUCAGCUGCAUGUGCACCUUGUUUGCAAGGGCGCGCCGAGGACGAGGGAGGAGGAUGUGGAGAGGGUCAGGAGCUGGGUCGUGCAGACGUUCGGGGCCGGGGCCGAGGUCGAGGAGAAGACGUAUCAUGGCCAGAUGCGGUUCCGCGUGCCCGUCGAGGCGCUUGAGGGUGGCAGGCAGAGGCAGCAGCAGGUGGGUGGGGAUGAGAUUGCUGCGGCCUCUAGUCCGGGUUCGGGGUCGGCCAUUGGCAAGUUGGUGGUGUUGUUGGAGGAGAAUAGGGAGUAUCUUGGGGUGGAGCAUUACAGUGUCAGUCCGACGACGCUGGAUCAGGUGUUUUUGACCGUUGUUGGGAGACAUAAUGUUAAGGAGGAGGGGUAUCAUGAGGAGAAGAAGGCCAAGAAGAAAUGGUGGCGGUUUGAGAGAUAGGGAGUUGGUCUCAGAUCCGGGCGCUCCUCUAGGAGGUUUCGUUUCCUGUCUUUGCAUGGUAGAGCGAGCAUCAAGUUGCUGGCGGGGUUGAACACUGCCUUGGACGGG